GAUUUUCAGUUAGUUUUUGACAGCUUUUAGUUAGUCAUCUAGUAAAAAUUUACCAAAAUUAAAUUAGUUUGAUCCUAUGUCCAUCAGAUAACGAAGCAGAAAUAUGCGUAACCAACAGAAGUCUCCCUUCAGAAGUAAUGAGUCAAGGUCAUUGAAAGCAAACAAACAAAGUAUUAAUAUGAAUCAAGUAGAAAAUAAUAAAAACAAAAAAGUAUUAGACGAAUUGAAGACACAGAGUAAGGCAACACGAAGCGAGAUGAUUAAAUGUAAAGAUCUAACUCCUUACGAUGUGAUGCGUAUGAAUAACUGCAAAACAUUCCAUUUUUUAAAGUCUGAGACCUACCCCAAUAUCAGACCGCCAGUAUCACAGUGCAGUAAUGCAGAGUCAGUAAAUUGGUUAUUGAGUUCUAUUGAGGAUUAUGAUUGCGGGCGAUACUUUAAUAUGGAGAACGACGAUGUCAUGGAUGUCUGGAAAAAGACCCUAGACAAACGGACACUGGGCUGCUACGGAGUGAGCUCAGCCAACACUCAGCGGGAGGCAAUCGAGUUCGAUAAAGCGCUAUCGAAAUCAAUCAAAAAGGCAACUGCAGUUAAGCCAACGGCAGUGAUGCCUGGCGCACCUCCGCCGGCAAAUAUUCCGUAUUCUGAAGAAGUUUGUUCACCUUUUGUCCUCAAUCGUCAGUUGCUGCAGGAAAAGCUUCAAGGCAUGCCCACUAUACAAAGAAAGAUCAAUGCAAGCGAAGCAUUUCGCAUGCUGUACUGCAGCUCUCCUACGGAAAGAAAAUAUCCGUUUGCUCACGACGAACCCAGAAUUCCCCUGACAACUACCUUGGAUAUGGAUAGGCCGGUCCCACAACAAAAGCAUGGUAUCCGGCGAAAGUACAAAUACUGCGAACUGCAAUGUGGUAUUCCCCAGAAUGAAUGCACGGAUUAUGAGUGGAUGAAAUACAAACAAGAUCCUAAGGCAUAUGACAAACAUUUUAAGAUAGGGACACAACAGAUGAAUAAGCCAGACCAUGAACCGAGAGACUACGAUGAGCUAUACGAACAACUUGUAUCCUGCUUUGAGAAGUACGAUAAAGAGGACUUAUUGUGUAAGAUUUAUAAAACUUGCUGUAUGCCAGCGAAAGAUACUAUCAGUGAAACAAUCGGCGGCGAUCACACCCCAUCUCGGGCACCUCAAGGUAGUAGGCAAAAAAUAAAUUUCCCUGCCAAAGAUCUUAACCAAGAAGACAAACGAAAAACGGGACACACCACCUCUACUGACCAUACUGACCAAACCGGACAAACCGGACAAACCGGAAACACCGGACACACCGGACACACCAGACGAACGAGCGAUGAAAAGUCAAACAAAGACAAAAGUCCAAUGCUAGAUAAUUCAGAUAAGGAAACACUAGAAAGAGACGAAUUUGAAAAGAGUCAUCAAAAUAAGGAGAAACUGAGAAAACAAAAGAUCAAAAACGACAAAACGGAUGACCAAAAUUUAGAAACGACGACAAGAGAAAAACGGCAAAAAACGGAGCAUAAAAAAAGGGAUAAAGUGAAUAAAAAGGUGGAUAAAAAGGUGGAUAAAAUUAUGGAUAAUUUUGAGGAUAAAAAGGUAAAUAAGAAGGUGAAUAAAAUUGAUGAUAAAAAUGUGGAUAAAAUGAGGAAUACAAUAGAGGAUAAAACGGAUGAAGAUUUUAAAAGUAACUCCAGCAGUAUCACAAAAACCAUAGAUAUAGCACCUGAGGUACCAGAAUCCAGCAAACCUUUCCAAUCCGACACGGAGAAACCACAACACAAAUAUAAACCAAAAACUGAACAGAAUAGACACCACAAAAAAAACAAAGGCCACCCAAAGCCUCACAAAUCAAUAAAUAAAUUAAAUGAUGUAACCACGUGUAAAAAACCAAGUUUGGAUUGCCCGUGUGAAAUUUGCAAAUUCAUGAAACGUCGCCAAACGGAGUCGGACAGUCCGUUUAUUAGUCAAAUGAAGCGAGAGGAGAAGCGACGACAACUGCUGGAAUACUACCGAAUUAGGUGCUACCGCGAACAGCAGAAGUGCCGCAGCCACGAGUGCCGUGCUCCCCAGCACAAGUGCGAUCCAAUUGUAUGCGACACUUUCUUCUGCAAAAAUCCUAAUAUAGCCAAAUACUGUGACUGCUUGAAGGCCAUGCAGGACUUACAAAAACUGCUUGGUCCCAAGCAUAACAUUAUUAAUAAUGAAUUGAUAUUCAAUUUGGAGGAUCUGAGAAGUCGCAUCUGCCAGCGCCUUUGUGAUUGUGUUUCUUAACCUUUGCCCCAAAUUCAAAGUUUUCAGAUCGUACAAGUUAGUGACUAUACAUGUGUAUGCAAAUUAAUUGCGAGCUGGUGAGACUUAGGGAUUUAUUUGGUGUAUGCCUAAUGUAAUCCACGAUAAUAUAUGUUUUUCACUC